AUGGAUUAUCUUCUUACACAUGUUCCAGUUUUGGAUGUGAAUGGCAACGUGCAAUGUUACAUACCCAAACCUGUGAAACGAGUGGAAAACCCAUUGCAAAAUCCCAAGGAAAGCGAAGGGUUCAAGCAAGAAGUCAAAGCUCCCUUGGCCCUCUUAGAAAUGAAGGCUGUUCCUCCUCAGCCAGGACAAGAUGGUUCUGUAAAAACAAAGGAUGAAGGAGAACAGACAUAUCUUCAGUUCCAUGCUAGCAAUGCACCCACAGCUACCGGUAAUUCUAAGCUACCACCCACAGUUAAAAAUACAGCGCUUGAUCUGAUGAAGAGUGAAAACCUACAUGAGAUGUGGGAUGGAUGGCCUGAUGGUGAUUUUGACCUUGAUAUUGAUCAUACCACAUUUGAGGCUACGAAGAAACUUAUGGUUCUCUGGUCUAUGAAGGUUAACAGGGGGGAUAAAAUCCACUCUGCAAAUGUGGAAACCUGGAAAGGUGGAAAGAGAUCAACUCGCCUUUGUCUAGGCUAUAUGGAGUGCAACAUGAAGACUUGCUGCAUAAUUACUCAUCCCAAAAUAGACAAGCCUUCACGUGAGAAGCAGCUUGCAAUUUCCUGUCACUGUGGUGGCAAUAUAGUUUGGAAGCUGUGUCCUGGUGGUCCUGGUGGCAAGGGUGUUCACUCAGUCUUGCAUCACUGGAGGGAUGGAGUGCACUAUUCAAAUGGCGGAUAUCAUCGCCAUCCACAUCUGACACAUGAAAUCCAUCUGACACCAAAAGCGGAACUGGAAUUCAGGGAACUCACAUCAUCACAGCCUCAUCUCAAGGCUCUCGCUUUAAUUGUUGGUCACCCUACACUCCAGGGUCUGCAUGGCAAGUCUGUUGCUGAUAUAGCUACAUCCUUGACAAAUGCCAGAAGAGUGCAGUAUGAACACAAUAAAAUUAGGAAGUCAUCUGGGAAAAAAGAAACUUCUACCAACCAACAUUUUCUUGACAUCUAUUCUGGUUUCAGUCAGGCACAUCCUGAUUUUAUCAUUUGA